GCGUGCUGCGCCAAAAUGCCUCAGUGGAGAGUGGCGCUCUGCGGUUCAGGGACCGGAAGUAGUCGGAGGACAUCUAUUGAAGUGACACAAGGUCUGAGGCGUUUCGGGUUUUGGUGUUUGCACCGGGGCGAAAAGAAGUGAAUUUAUCCCAAAUCUUUUCAGUGGAAAAAUAUUCACAAGAGACUGUUUGUGACCCUAUCAGGAAGUGGGAAGAAUUGUGGAAGCUAGAUAUGAAAUUAUUAUUACAGCAGAGCCAAGACCUUGAAAUAAUCCUGUUAAAUCCCAGAAUCAUUUUGCAUUGGCUAUGGGAAAGUGUCCACAUGAUUCUGUCAUCCUGCUGUUGGGGCGGGAAUCUUCAGAGGCUGUUCAAUAAGGUAACAAAAUGACCACAGGAGCAGAUGUCCGAGAUAUACUGGAACUGGGUGGAACAGAUUCUGAGAAUAUAGGAACCAUUAAUAAGAAAGACAUAAUCAAUUCUGAUAAGAAAAAAUCCAAGAAAUCAUCAGAAACCCUAACGUUUAAGAGACCAGAAGGAAUGCACCGGGAGGUGUAUGCAUUGCUGUACUCUGAUAAAAAAGAUGCACCUCCUCUUCUGCCAAGUGACACGACACAGGGCUACCGCACCGUCAAGGCAAAACUAGGCUCCAAAAAAGUGCGGCCUUGGAAAUGGAUGCCCUUCACGAACCCUGCGCGGAAGGAUGGGGCAAUGUUCUACCACUGGCGGAGGGCAGCAGAGGAGGGCAAAGAUUACCCUUUCGCCAGAUUCAACAAAACUGUACAAAUUCCAGUCUACUCAGAGCAAGAAUAUCAGAUGUAUCUUCAUGAUGAUGCUUGGACCAAAGCUGAAACAGACCAUCUUUUUGACUUAGCCAGAAGGUUUGAUCUCCGCUUUGUGGUCAUUCAUGAUCGUUAUGAUCAUCAGCAGUUCAAAAAGCGGUCAGUUGAAGACCUGAAGGAGCGCUACUAUCACAUCUGUGCCAAACUGGCCAAUAUUCGUGCUGCUCCAGGCACUGACCUGAAAAUCCCUGUCUUUGAUGCUGGUCAUGAAAGACGCCGGAAGGAACAGUUAGAGAGGCUAUAUAACCGAACGCCAGAACAGGUGGCAGAAGAGGAAUAUCUGAUCCAGGAGCUGAGAAAAAUUGAAGCCAGGAAGAAAGAGAGGGAGAAGCGAACACAAGACUUGCAAAAACUCAUUACUGCUGCGGACACAACCACUGAACAAAGACGUGCGGAACGCAAGGCACCCAAGAAAAAGCUGCCACAGAAGAAAGAAACUGAGAAACCUGCUGUCCCUGAAACUGCUGGCAUCAAGUUUCCAGACUUCAAGUCUGCAGGUGUCACGUUGCGGAGUCAGAGGAUGAAACUGCCGAGCUCCGUGGGACAGAAGAAGAUUAAAGCCUUGGAGCAGAUGCUGAUGGAACUCGGAGUAGACUUGAACCCAAUGCCAACGGAGGAAAUUGUGCAGAUGUUCAACGAGCUACGCAGUGAUCUAGUGCUACUCUAUGAGCUUAAACAAGCCUUUGCAAACUGUGAAUAUGAGCUGCAGAUGUUACGCCAUCGCUAUGAGGCACUGGCCAAGGCAGGCAGCUGUGGACCCAGUUCAGAUGGUGGCUUGCAUGCUGAUGGACAGUCAGGCUUGAACACUGAAGAAGGCAAAGGUGAUGGCAAGGAACAGAUCAUUGACGUGGUGGGGGCACCCCUCACACCUAAUUCGCAACAGAGAAAGCGCAGAGAAUCUGCUUCAAGUUCUUCAUCUGUCAAAAAGGUGAAGAAGCCAUGAGCAAUGAGAGAUCGCAGCUCCUUAGACGUUGAAGAAUCGGAGCACUGACUGUAGGUUCAAGAGGGCACCAGUUACCCAUUACAGUGGCAAUGAGGAUUGUUUUAAUGCUCUUGUCCUCUUCUGCCUGAGGUAAAAAGGACUGGAUGAGAUUGCAUAGCAAAUUUGUAUUUGUUGAUGCCGUGGUUAUUGUAUUGUUUUUUAUAUCGCUGAUUUUUGUAAAUUUCUUUGUAAAUAUAGAAAAGCUGUUACCUCUUGUUCUGUCUAAUAUGAAUUGAGUAUGGGGUGUGUGUAUAGGAAAUCAACAUCAGUAUGAUCUGACAGAUAUAUCGUUGUCCCAAUUUCUCUUUGAAUUGGGAGUGGGCAGUCAGUCAGACCUUUAGAUUAUGAAUUGUUUUUGUGAAUAAGGUAAGCAAAAGGGUAAAAACAUGGUCAGAAUGUUCUGGUAUGAUGCUGCACUUGAGCAAUGAAUGUGGAUGCUGAUAUUAUAAAAUAGUGGCAAACACUUGAGUUCAAUGGCCUAAAUCCUAUUCCAUCAAGGGGAUUUAUUUAUAUAUACUGUAUUUGACUUACCAUUCAGUAGUUAAUUCAGUGGGUUCGGUUGAGAUUACCAAUAAGAUUCAGACCACAGUUUUAAGUUGAAACUACAGCCAUAGAAAGAGCAGCAUGAACAAACAUACAGAUAUAGAAAGACAUAAAUGUGUGCUUUUUCUAUCUCCCAUUUUUGCCACUUUCUUCACUUUCUACUGUUGAAAGUAUUGAUUUUCCAUGUACUUGGGCUACACUGAAGAACAUUUAGCCAUUGGUUGAGCAUUUAGCCACUAACACCGAUUCCUUGCUUUUGGCAUUAAAUAGUGUCUUAUGGGAUAAGCCAUGAUCUGUAUACAUUCCAUGCAAAUGACAACUGUUCUGAAGAAGAAAAUGUUCUAGUGGAUAGACGUACCUUUUGUAGUAGGCAAAAAUAGUGAGGGAGCUAUUGCCUCUGCUUGAAAUUGUAUCUGCUGUCUGUAAGUUUGUUUAAACAUUGGUACUAAAUAAUUCAGGCAUUUGGCUUCAUUAAUUAUGGGCCUCUUUUUGAUAACUAAAUUCAGAGGUUACAUCUUUAUUUUUCUCAUCUCUCAGGCUGAGGGCCGGGCUGUGGCGCUGGCUGGUUAGUAGCCAGCUGCAAAAAAUCACUAUGACCAAGAGGUCAUGAGUUCGAGGCCAGCCCGUGUCGGAGUGAGCAUCCGACCAUUAAAAUAAAAAAAUAGCCCUGAUUGUUGUUGACCUAAGCAACCCGAGAGCAUCUAUGAAGUAGGAAAUUUAGGUACCAUUUACGUGGGGAGGCUAAUUUAACUAAUUUACGACACCAUAAAAUCAUCCAGCAGCGUUUGGAAUGAGGAAGUCGGCAUCACAGUGGAUGAUGAAGCAGCUGCUCUCCCUGUGGCCGGAAUUGAACAUACCCUCAGGAAGCUGGAGAAGGUUAAAUUGCCUCUGUGUCUCUAUGUUCAUAUGGCAUUGAAUGUUUGCCAUGUAUGUGUACAUUGUGAUCUGCUCUGAGUCCCCUUCGGGGUGAGAAGGGUGGAAUAUAAAUACUGCAAAUAAAUAAAUUUCUCAGUCCUGUCACUA